CCCGGCCAGUAACAGACAGCCGUCAGGCCGAGCGCCCCAAGGAGACGGAGAAGAGGGAUCCGCGGUUAGGCUUUUGUGACGGGAUUGUGAUGUUUUGAGUCAGUGGAGAGGUGAUGCUGUACCCGGCGCGGAUUUGACCUGCAGCUGCUCUGAACGCCCGACAGGUGGUUAACUGAGGCUGAGCAGGCCAACAAGCUUGCAUUACACUGGCAGAUACCCUGGGCGAUUGUAGGAGAGAUUGCCGGAGGUGCCAAACAAAGCUGCCAUGUCGGUGACUGUCCAUGAGAAUCGGAAAUCCCGGACUAGCACAGGCUCCAUGAACAUCUCAUUGUUCCACAAGCCGUCACAUCCCGACAGCGUCCUGAGCCAUUUGAACACCAUGAGGAAACAGUGCAUGUUCACUGAUGUCACUUUGUGGGCUGGCGAUCGCUCGUUCCCCUGCCACAGGGCCGUCCUGGCAGCCUGUAGCCGUUACUUUGAAGCCAUGUUUAGUGGAGGGCUGAGAGAGAGUCUGGACAGUGACGUCAAUUUCAGAGACAGCAUACACCCCGAGGUCCUGGAGCUUCUGUUGGACUUUGCCUACUCUUCUCGAGUCAUCAUAAAUGAGGAGAAUGCUGAGUCACUGUUAGAGGCUGGCGACAUGCUGCAGUUUCACGACAUUCGGGAUGCAGCAGCAGAGUUCUUAGAAAAAAACCUGCAUUCGUCCAACUGCCUGGGAAUGAUGCUGUUAUCAGACGCUCAUCAGUGCAAAAGACUGUACGAGCUGUCGUGGAGGAUGUGUCUGUUACACUAUGAGACGGUGAGGGAGUCGGAGGAUUUCUACAACCUCUCUAAGGAUCAGCUGCUGGAGCUGAUUCUUAGUGAUGAGCUGGAGAUUGAGGAUGAACAGGUUGUGUUUAACUCUGUGAUGCGGUGGGUUCGAUUCGACUUGGAGGGUCGGCGUCUUCAUUUACCAGAGCUGCUGACGGGCAUCAGGUUGGCUCUGCUCCCCUCUGAGUGUCUGCUGGAGGCUGUAGCUUGUGAAGAGCUGGUUAUGGCUGACAAGAGGAGCAGGUCCAUAGUAGAAGAAGCAAUGCAGUGUAAGAAGAAAAUUCUUCAGAAUGAUGGAGUAGUGACUAGUCCUUGUGCCCGACCACGCAAGGCAGGACAUACGCUACUUAUACUAGGAGGCCAGACCUUCAUGUGUGACAAGAUAUAUCAGGUCGAUCAUAAAGCCAAGGAGAUCAUACCUAAGGCAGACCUUCCCAGCCCUAGAAAGGAAUUCAGUGCCUGUGCCAUCGGCUGUAAGGUUUAUGUGACCGGAGGAAGAGGCUCAGAGAACGGAGUGUCUAAAGACGUCUGGAUCUAUGACACGGUCCACGAAGAGUGGUCUAAAGGAGCGCCCAUGCUGAUAGCCAGGUUUGGCCACGGUUCAGCUGAGCUAGAAAACAGUCUGUACGUCGUUGGAGGCCAUACAGCCAUAGCUGGGGUUUUCCCUGCCUCUCCGUCUGUCUCCCUAAAACAGGUUGAGCGGUAUGACCCUCUGAGUAAUAAAUGGACCAUGAUGGCUCCACUGAGGGAUGGAGUCAGUAAUGCUGCGGUUGUCUCUGCCAAACUCAAACUCUUUGUUUUCGGGGGGGCCACCAUACACAGAGACAAAGCCUCCAAGGUCCAGUGUUAUGACCCUGUAGGAAACCGCUGGACCAUUGCUGCCGAAUGCCCCCAACCUUGGCGCUACACGGCGGCCGCUGUCUUAGGAAGCCAGAUUUUUAUCAUGGGUGGCGACACGGAAUUCACAGCUGCCUCUGCUUAUCGCUUUGACUGUGAAACCAAUCAGUGGACCCGAGUGGGCGACAUGACGUCCAAACGCAUGAGCUGCCACGCCGUGGCCUCGGGAAAUAAGCUUUAUGUGGUGGGAGGUUAUUUUGGGACGCAGAGGUGUAAAACAUUGGACUGUUAUGAUCCCACAUCAGAUAGUUGGAACUCCAUCACCACUGUACCUUAUUCACUGAUCCCCACUGCCUUUGUCAGCACAUGGAAGCACCUACCUGCCUAACUGUGGGAUACCAGGAGAAACUCAUGCCAGGACUCACUGGAGGAGAAACUCUGAGAUUGGCUGAGGCUGACGCGACACACAGGACGAUCUUUAUGAAAAGGACUCGGUGUGGUUAACGGGCCCGCAGCGCACCGGUCACCACACAUAAAACGACCAUUACAGUGCUUCCUAAGUAAUGAGAUGCAGCUCAAAGAGACCCUUUGAGGGGAUAGAUGGAUGUGUUUAUCAGCAGUGUGUGUGUGUGUUUCUUUAGUGUCUUACGAGUCAAACCAUUCCAGUGUAAAAUCAAAAAUCUAAGAGCUGCCAGAUGAUUUUUUUUACCCGAGUAAUUUCCCUCAGAAAUGCAGCAAUAGAAGCAGAAGCCGAACCCGGGGGGUCAGCCUGUCACUCAAACACAUUUACAUCCAAUAUAAAUAAAAUAAAUGCCAACAAGAACAUUUUUCUUUGAGUGUAGAAAAAUAGCUAAUUAGCAUUCAUUCAUUCAUUCAUUCAUUCGUGGGACUUGUAGGCUAACAGUUGUCGGGUGUGAUGGAGGUUUCAGGCUUUUGCAGUGGGAGGUUUUGUUUGUUCCUGUUUUUAAUUUCUUUGUCAGCCUCCAUCUUAAUAUCCAUAAGACAGUUUCCAGUUCAUGCAGAAACAGGUGGAUAUUCACUCUAAUAGCAAAUAAGUGAAAAUGAUGUGAUCAUGAAAACAUAUCCGGUUCCUGUUAAUCGUCCAAUAGUAAAAAACCACUGGAGAUAAAACUCAUGAUGCUUUGUGAAAGUCCUGCUGUUCAGUGUCUGAACCUGAGCAGACUUCCUGUUAGACUUUAUUCACCUCACUGUAAGAACCCCCACAGUCCAGAUUCCCGUAGUAGCGACAUAAGUGGGCCGCAUGAAUUCCCACAGGAGUUACAUCACUCCACAGCAGUUAGCCUGUGUGGGAGGCUGUGCAGUGACCAGUCAUGUCAAACUGAGUUUGAGUCAACACCAAGAAAGUAAGAAUGGAGAUCCUGGUGCUGAAAGCGCGACGCUCAAACAUCGAGUGAUGAUGUGACGCGUCCUCUAAUCUGCUUUUGGGCCUUUGGAGAAAAUUCAAAUGUACAUUUGGUUGUUUAUAAUCUCAAAGUGCAGAUGCAGUGCGUUGUACUUCCUGUGGCGUGAUGACGCUCUGAGUGAAUGUGUGCGCCUAAGUAACUUUUUAGUGGUUUUAACUGACAAAUAUGAGAAGCACAGAGCAGCUUGAUGAGAAACGGGCACUGCCAAAAUGAAGAGAACUCUUUAUUUUCUCUGUGACAUCCGUGGACUUUUAAUAUUCAACAAUGAAUUCAUCAGCAGUGCCGUGGAUUUGUCCUCAGUGUCGAGUGUUUUCCCCGUGCUCAGUACCAGCUUUCACAAACUGGCACAUACGGACACAUAAAGUAGCACAAAAAGAAAUGAGCAGUUUCUGCAGUACACACUCACAGCAGAGUGGGUGUGUUGUAUCGGCUCUGUCAUGGUGUACAGUAUUUACUGAUGUUCGAAGCGUUUUUGCACUUGUUCCGUCUGUAACUUCAUGAAGAGCCUGACUGAUGAUCCCUGAGUUGGAAUUUAGUGAUUUCUCUGGAGAAAUCUUCUUAAGCAUGAAUUUCUAAAAUUGGAGGAAGAGGUAAGGAUGAAGAUGUUUCUUAAAAAGUGAGGCUUUUGAGAUGAUUUAGAAAAACUUUUCUAAGUGUGGUACUGUAAUGUUUUUACUGGUGGUAAUAAACAUGGACUCACUUUUCAAA